AUGAGCUACCUCGGAAAUUUCUGCGCCAGUGUCCUGCUAAUCAGUCUAAUCAUUAUCUUUCAAGCCCCGUACAAGCGCAUUUGGCCUAUCACUCUUUCCUCAAACCCAACCGCGCAGCCAGCGCGCCCUUUACAGCGCGCGAAUGAGCAUGGCAUUACGCCUGCGCAAGGAAGGGAGAUUCAGCCCUCAUACUACAAAUCCUCGACUUUGAACGUGCUGUGCGCCACAGACGUGCGAAGACCCCGCCAAGAGUUCCAGCCCAUCACGAGUGGGUGCCACGAGUACCGCGAUGAAGAUGGAGGUGAAUACAUUCUGCCCCACACUUGCGCUUUCAAAACAGACACAUUGGUAAACACAAGCUAUCGAAUACUAAAAGCAGGCUUUCUGAUGUAA